UCGCUACAUAGUCGAAUGGUUUACUAAAGAAUCCAGCAGUCUGUUAGUAAAGGCAGCCACGUAGACAUCAGUGAUUCACCGAUCGGCGUUGCAGUGACCGGUCGAGAGCUCAACUCGACGGUUCAGUUCGUGCGAGUCUUCUGGCGUCAAUGUCCGCGAGUUUUCUUUUUCGUUCACGUGAAAGUGUAAAUUCCCUUCAGCAACGCACUUCGGCACUGCGUGCUACAGCGACGCAUUUCUGCCGAUUUGUCGCGGAUGCUGAUUAAUCACCGUGAAUGAGAUAGCGUUCUGUCAUCGCUAGAAAUAAAUCGCGGAUCCACGCUACCUACUACAGACGGAAGGGCCCAAAAAAAGAAGAAAGGAUUUCAGACGAACUGUUCAAUCAACUACUUAUAAUUUAAUAGUGCUGUUUCAUCCAAUUAUGGCGACGCAUGUAUUUCGCGGUAUCCAGAGACUGGCCCGAGUGGAUGUUGGUAUAAGGUCAUUGACUCUUACGUUAAGGCGUGCAACGACCUCAUCACACAUAAAGAUUGUGUCGGGACCAAACGGCGAGAAAAUAAUCCCAUCUCCGUUUGGCGAGAUUUCUUAUCCAGAAGUCUCGAUUAAUGAGUGCGUUUGGAGGGACAGCGAGAAGUAUCCCAAUCAAAUCGCUUUGGAAUGCGGUAUAAGUGGGAAGCAGUACACAUAUGCGCAAGCAAAAGAUGCGUGCUAUUAUAUCAGCAGAAGUUUGCACGACUUGGGUCUCAGGAAGGGCGAUGUGAUAGCAUUGAUAGCGCCCAAUUUUCCAGAGACAGUUUUAGCCUUUCUCGGUAGCUCGUUGGGUGGACUUAUUGUUACUACUAUAAAUCCGCAGUACACUGCAGAGGAAAUAUCAAGGCAACUAUUGAAAGCCAACGCAAAAGCAAUCAUCACUUCGACCGCGAUUGCAUCUGUAGCGUUAGCUGCAAAAGCAGCGUGUCUUCCACCUAAAGCCCCUUUUAUUGUGAUCGAUGAUAAGACUGGCCCUAUUCCAGAAGAUUCGAUACCUUUUAAUGAUCUUAUAACGCGAGGCAAAUCAUUGCCACCUGUAAACGUGGACGUAUCUUGCGAUGAUGUAGCAAUUUUACCAUUCUCAAGUGGCACGACUGGAUUACCAAAGGGUGUUAUGCUAACACAUCGCAAUUUAGUUUCAAAUAUUAUAAUGUCCAAUGCUUGUUAUCAUGAUAUAUUCAGACCUACUACAGAUACGUUUCAAGAGAUAAUACCUAUGGUACUGCCAUUUUUCCACAUUUAUGGAUUGAAUGGUGCGGUGCUACAACGUCUUUCUAGUGGUGGCAGAAUAGUUACCAUUCCAAAAUUUGUCCCGGAAUUGUUUCUUAACGUAAUGGAGAAAAGCAAGGCAACUAUACUAUUCGCUGUACCACCUAUAGUAUUGUUCCUGUCAGCUUCGCCUCUCGUGAAGAAGCACCAUCUCGAGCACGUUCAUCUAGCAGUGAGCGGUGCCGCGCCUCUCGCUGAAACGGAUGUCAAUAGACUGUUUGAGAAAUUCAACAUUGAUAGCAACUUGUUUAAGUUCCGCCAAGGUUACGGACUAACUGAAAGUUCGCCAGUGGCAUUCAUUGAAACAGGAGAGAAAUUUGCCAGCAUCGGAAAUAAUGUGGCAUCUUGCGAAGCACGCUUGGUAGAUAUAAGUACUAAGCAGGAUGUUAGCACUCCUGGGCAAACUGGCGAGUUGUGGAUCAGAGGACCUCACAUUAUGAAAGGGUAUCUGGACGAUGAAGCAGCUACAAAGGAAACAUUAACCGAGGAUGGAUGGCUGAAAACGGGCGAUAUCGCAUACUUCGAUACGGAUUUCAGCUUUUAUAUUACAGACAGACUAAAGGAGCUUAUUAAAGUCAAGGGGUUCCAGGUACCGCCGGCGGAAUUGGAAGCGUUACUGCGGAUGCAUCCGGACGUGGAGGAGGCAGCUGUGAUUGGUAUUCCGCACGCGAGGUAUGGCGAGGUACCGAAAGCGUUCGUGGUCGCGAAGAAGGAUAAGAAAUCUACUGAAGACGACAUUAAAAACUUCAUUAAAGGAAAAGUCUCCGACUACAAGGAACUCAAAGGUGGAGUUACAUUUGUUGACGAGGUGCCAAAGAAUCCGAGUGGGAAAAUUUUAAGAUCGAAAUUAAAGAACAUGUAUAAGUCUUAAUAACUUAAUGAUUUUAUAAUGACUAAAAUCGUUAAGGUAAUCUUUGAUAAAAAAUGAUCGAUUUUUAGAAAAUCAUACAAAUGAUAUUAAAAAUUUCAUGUGAACGUCAGGGAAAUAUAAUUACCGUAGGUGUACAUUGUUUUAUAUACCUGUACAGUGUUUUUUAGUAAAAAGAUUUAAUAAAACAACUAUUUUUACUAAAAA